CUGUCACUUUAAGAAGCACCGAUGCAGCAGACGCAGUCGCCUCAUUUCGUCUCCGGGCUUCAUGGCUGCAGGAUGGACUCGCGUCAGCAUCAGCAGCAUCUUUUCUUCCUGUUGCCACCGGGGACUCUUCAUCAUCGACCAUCAAGUGUGGCGGGAACCGAGGCUUCUCUGCGAUGCGCAACUUCCACCUGGCGAAAUGGUAUUGUCUGAUGAAGGUCUGUUGGAAAAAAAUCAGCUGUGUCGGUGUUUUGUGCGCGUGCACAGCUAUCCAGAACCUUUGAGAUUCGGGGUAUAUACGUCCCCGUUAAAUGACCGUAUUCAGGACACACACAGCUGGGACUUAAUGUCUGAACUGUUUCUAUCAGAAGCUGCGUUUUCUUUUAUGGAAAGUACCUGCUGGGUUGUUCGAUGUCCUGUUUAGAGACUCCUUUGUAGUCAGCUGACUUUUUCAGCUUAUAAUGAAAAAAAAAAAGUAAUCACACCAGACCUGCCUGCUUAUCUAACACUGCUUUACAGUAUAGGCGACAGAUGUGGGGAGGAAAAAAAAAUCCUGCAAUUUAAUGCCACAAUUAUUAUUCAAGGACACAUCCCUAUUUAUCCCGAAGCAUUGUGGAACCAUCAGCUGACUAUCUCAUCUCCACGUCUGAAUGCUGCUUUAAGUAGUUCCAUCCUGCUGCAUGUGUGCUGCUCGCCUCCACAUAACACCGAUACUCACACUUACGUAAGAUGAUUGCGUAUUUCUCACCAAUAACGUACUGGCCACUUGUUGCGCAGACAGAAGGGAGGGAGGUGAGAUGUCCUGUCUCGUCGUCCUAGAAUUUAAAUAUAGGACAAAAAUUAAUAAAUAUGCGUGUGUUUCGUUUUGACUUUUCAUCAGUAUAUGCUGUGUGUGCAGCCACUAUAGAGAUUUAUCCAUAAGCAGGUUAUUUCAGGCCUAAAGAUCAGCAGGUUGAAGUCAGGCACUUUUCAAGAAGGAAGAGAAUAUGUUGUCCUCAUCUUUCAUUUUUUCUUUUCGAUAGAAAUGUACUUUUCCACAAUUGGGGUGGUGAGCUACCACCCAAAGCUAUCUGAUUAUUUUUACUUUUAUAUAUAAACAGGGGGCGGAGCUACCAAUGAGGUCAUGUCCUCUGUGUCAAUCUACAGCUACAGUUUUUACAGCACCAAAUCUAAACAAAUAGGACUAGGUUUGUUUAUAGAUAUUAGUGCCGGGAUACCAAACUUUGGAAAUAUAUAAAGCUGUUUUGACCCUUUUAUUCAUUUAACAAUAAAUGUCAAACUGCUAAUUGCAGCAGAGUUUAACAGAAUAAGAUUCACCAAAAUCAAACGGUCUAAAGAUAGAUAAAAUUGGAAUAGGAAAAAUCUGAUCAAAUAACAAGUAAAUAAGUCUAAAACUCCAGCCAGCGCAUUCAAUACUUAAGUCUUUCGAUACCCAGCUGUACAAGACAGAUACCUUCACGUAUCAGGGAAUAAAUUACAGAUAAUAUAAUUAAACAGUUUACAGAAUACAUUUAACAUGAAAGAUCCAAGUAAGUAAAUCUAAAUAUUUUAGAUUUUCUGAAAUGCUUGCUACGGCACUGCUUUUAUGUGAUAGGGUGAUUUUUUUUUUAUGUAGGGACCCUUUAAACUCCUGUAGUGUUGUCACCAAAUGUCAGAUGUACUUUGUUGCCCUUUGACAUCAGUUAAUGUGACGGUUCAUCACGUUUAUGUGCAGCUCUGCAGGACACAGCUCGGAGAGAGGCAGCUGACAGUGAACUCACUGUUCCCCUUUGUGUCAGCACAGAAAGGAGGCUUUAUUUGCUGCUGGCGUACACUAUUUUAAUUAGGGUUAGGGUUACAUUAUUGUCAUUGACUUGCAGUGAAGAAGCACAUAAUGGCCACAACACAGUAUGCUACAAGGAAUAUUUGUGAUUUAGAUUACUGUUAGCUGAUUUGCAGGUUUUGCCUCUGAUGUGUUUUUGUUACGGUCCAGCUGUGAGGGCUCCUAGCAUCCCUCUCUAGAGGCAGCAGUGGAGCGGUUGGAGGUCCCUCGCAUGUCAAUGUCGCUCACUCCGAGUCGAAAGCCCUCCUCAGGCGCUCCGUUGGCACUGGUGGCGGCUGCGGGCGAUAUUCCCACACUGAUACAUCCAGUAUUCACACCUACCCCGGUCGGGUUAGGGCAGCAGAGGGCAGCCCCAUGGCUCGGACAUAUCCCAGCACACCCAGGCGACAUGCAAAGCACACAGCUUGCAAUGACAACCAUGGGAUCAGGCCCCCGACCCCGGAGCAGUACCUUACCCCUCUGCAGCAGAAGGAGGUGUGUAUACGACAUCUGCGAGCCAGGCUGAGGGACAAUGUGGAAAGACUACAACACAGAGACUGUGAAAUAGAUGGGUUGAGGUCCCAACUGUACAGGAUGCAGGAGGACUGGAUAGAGGAGGAAUGCCACCGCGUGGAGGCCCAGUUGGUGCUGAAAGAGGCCCGCAAGGAGAUCCAACACCUUCAGGAGGUGGUGGAUACAGUGAAGUCCAACCUGAGCGUCCGCGAACAAAACCCCCAUGACUACAAGCCUUACUCGGGGCUGCAGGCAGCUCGGCAAGGGGGCAAGUCUCGCUCCUGUGGCUGUUCCCCAGCAAGCACUUUAAGUCGCAGCGCCACCCGCACCCGACUGAGCAGCGAGGCCCUGCAUCUGGAGCACAGCCCGAACGCUCCCGAGUCAAGCAGAGCAUCUCGCCCAGCAGGACAAACCCACCUGCUCCUGGAGGCGGCCCUCCUGUCGGAGCAGCUGCCUCCGCAGGGCCACAUGCGAGGCCCCCCGGCUGUGCCACGCGCUUCCACCUACGAAAGGCUGUGCAGCGGGGGGGCGGUGUUGCCAAUGUCACACUCCUGCCACGCCCUCAGUGGCAGCAGCAGCUGCAAGUGCAGUGGCCACACCUACCUCCCUCAUCACCACUUGUUCCUGCAUUUACCUCAGGAGGAGGCCCCGGUUGCAGCGGAAACUGCUGCUGCCCGUGCCAGUGAUCCUAUCCCUACUCCCUCUCCUGCAGUGGAGAAGAAACCAGAGGUGCGCUCCCAGGCCUGCAGCCCAACCAUGACCUGGCUGUGUGAGGAAAGCGGCGUCGAAGAGCUGAGUAUCAUUUCUUUAGCCACAGCAGACGUCACCCCCUCAGAACCACAUCUGUUUCCAUCGUCUUUACCUGCCGGGCUCCCUCCUGAGCAUUCAUACAGCGUAGAGCCGCUACCAGCCGACAAACCAGAGCAGGUAACAAAGAUGCCAGUAGAGCCCCACACCUGCCAGCCCCCCCCUUCAGCUCCUCUCCCAGAGAGGCGGGACGCUACAGUGGUGGAGAUAGAGGAGGACGAUGGGGACGGAACCGAAGGUGCGAAUGAAGACGGGUAUUCCCCUCAGCUGUGCCACUGGAGCCCCUACUUCCUCGUGGAUCUGUUGGCUUUGGCGAUGCCAGUGGUCCCGACCAUGGCGUGGCUGUGUCGAGGGGCGUCGCGGGAAGUCCUGCCGGUGUAUCAUAUUGGCUCCCUGCUGAGAGGUUGCUGUGCUGUGGCCCUCCACUCACUUCGCCGCAGGGGUGCAGGCAGGGGACGCAGGCCGACCAGCAUGAAUGGGACAACAGCAAUCUGAGACAUUAGGAAGACAACUCCCAACCUCUGCAAUGCUGAUUUCAUUACGAUUUGCUCAUUGCCGUUUGUUGGAUAUCUCCUCUUAUAAGAUUUCUAGGUUUUACAUACCGUCCUCGUGAUUUCGUGGUCAUGCCUUGCCUUAGAGAACAAAUGAUUAGUCGUACAUUAUUUCAUUACUCAAAUAUACUUACUGCUACUGCCUGAGGUUUAAGUGGUGUUCUCUUUAUUGGAAUCUGCAUGUAACCCAGUUUGGUUGGGUUCCCUUGCUUGAAUUAAAAAGCCUGUAUCUGGAUUUAGAUGAUACCUUCUGGGCAAAGAUAUGCACUUUAUCUUAUGAAAAUGAGCAGAAGAAAAAUAGUCUGUUGAAUGCUCCUCUAUUUUCAUCAUCACAUUUUUAAACAUUGUUAAAUGGGAGAGUCGCAGUCAUGAAAUACAUGACAGUCAGUGUUUACCUGACAGGAGCAGUUAAUAGAUUUACAGAGCACAGUGAGUGAAGGCAGCAAAGUCAUUUCCACCCACGAAAAUAUUGAAUGUGGUUGAAAGCUGCCGGGACGUUUCCCUUUUGGAAAGCGUGUGCAUCUAAUCUGGUUCCGAGGUGCAGAACAGACAAAUCACUGAUAUGUUUGCCAAUAAACAACACAAGGGAGUUUAAAACUAUUUAUUUGAUCCUGAUGGGACGUUCAUCCUCAACAUUAACUAAUUAAUAUUUUUUCUUUGCUAAAAUAGUGAACCUGAAAUUAAAAAUAACAAAAAUCUGCAGUUUACAAACUAAAUAUACAAAGUAGGAGAAAACAGCAAACAAAGCACUGUGUUCAUAGCUUUUCAGCAGGACGGACUUUAAUCUGGUUGUGUAUCUACAAUCACAUAUUUCUAUAAAAGCUUUAGGGAAUAGGCAGCACAUACAGUAGAUCGUGAUCCACACAGCUAAAUGAAUGAAGGACUUGGAUGAGCAUUUUUGUUUACUGACUUUGAGAAGAGAGAACUGUUUUUGAUACAGUGAUAUAUUUUCUAAUUUUACAUGAUCUUUGCACAGCUGCAAGCAAAGAUUAACACUUUGCGUCGGUGUAGGUUGCUCCCACAGCACUGUUUAGCAGUUUAUAAUAAUGAUGUACUGUGUGUAUCAUUGUAUACUCAUCUUACAAGUGGCCCUUUUGUGUGUCGACUGAAAUGGCUCAAUUGUAACUAUAAACUACGAUGUGCAGUGUGUAUGGUUACUGAUUUCAGCCUUAUUCUGCAGAAAGAGCGAUGUUUUAGCUUUCAGGGAUCUGUCCAAUAAGGUUUUGUUGAUUGUUCAAUCAAUAAUUCAGCUUUAAGACGGAGGAAUAGCUACAAAUUUAAACUUCAAUGGAAAAUAAAGUGUAAUAUAUCUGUUUGGAGGGACGCAGAUUGCAAUGUUUGAACUUUUUACUUAUUUUCAAUUUGUUUGACUUCGGCUCCAGAGGAACUACAUUUCCUUCAUAUUAAAACUUGCUCGAUAUUUCACUUAUCCUUCUCCAUGUGAAACUAGACCUCCCAUCAGCUUGUAAUGUACAUGCAAAUUAAAUAGUGAAUUGUACUAUUGCACAGAAUAUUGCAAAAUACCCUGGGUAUUUCCUCUUCUUGGAAAAUAAAAUAUGCUUCUCUC